AAUGCUUUCGUUUUUUCGCGGACACAUUUUCUGGUUCUAUGCUUUUCAGAGAGAGAGAGGGAGAGAGAGAGAGUCUUAGAUUCACCAUUGAAGAAGAACACCUAUUUGUAUUUGUAUUUCGACUGAGAUGAGAAAAGCCCUAGCAAGAAGUAUCUUCCCUGCAAAUUCAAAAAGACAUGGUUUCUCCGGCUCAAAGCCCUGCAUUUGCAGCGAGAAACGCCAUGGCGAGAACGUGAAAAUUCACAGCUCUGCCCCAAAUGGUUACUACCCAAAGCUCACUGGCUCAAACCCUGCAAACCCAUUUUUUACAUGUACAAGGUUAUUCUCAUCCCUUGAGAACACCAAUUUAGGUGCCCAGCAUGAAAACCCAGAGCUUUUCUUUGGUCAAGAUUUUUUGCAUGAGGGAGAAUCAGAAGGGGAGAGCUCAGAAGAAGGAGACGGAGAUUUUGGGUUUUUAGACCUGUUUAAUCAAAGCAAAGACAAUAACCAAGAAAAGAUUAAUGAGGUUGCUACAGGUAAAGAUGAAAUCAAGGUUUCUCUUGUUCGACAAACUUGCAGAGUAGUAGAUGAUUGUAAAAUUCAGAACUCCAAUAUAAAAAAUGAUGAUUAUGAAGAAGAAUUUAGGAAUCCACUAGUGAGAGAAACUUGUAGGCUUCUAGAGAAGAGUAAUUUAUGGAACCCCAACCUCGAAGGCCAACUGAGAAAUCUCGUACGGAGCCUCAAGCCCCAUCAAAUUUGUGCAGUUCUUCGAUCUCAGAGCGAUGAGAGGAUUUCUCUCAGUUUCUUUUAUUGGGCUGACAGGCAAUGGCGUUAUAGACACGGGAUCGAGGUUUACUAUACCAUGCUUGAAAUUUUAAGCAAAACCAAGCUUUGUCAGGGUUCAAGGCGAAUACUGAGAUUAAUGGAGAGAAGGGGAAUUCAAAGGAGAACACAGGAUUUUGGGAAUGUAAUGGUUUCAUAUAGUCGAGCUGGCAAGCUAAGAAGUGCCAUGAGAGUUUUGAAUUUGUUGCAAAAAUCUGGACUUGGGCCUGAUAUAUCAAUUUGUAACACUGCUAUUCACGUUCUGGUUAUGGCUAAUAGAUUGGAGAAAGCUUUGCUUUUCUUUGAGAAAAUGCAAAGGGUCGGGAUCUCUCCUGAUACAAUUACAUUUAAUGUGUUAAUCAAAGGGUGUUGCGAACGCGGGCGAGUAGAAGAGGCCCUGCAACUUUUGGAAGCAAUGGUGGCCAAGGGUUGUCCCCCUGAUAAGGUUAGCUAUUAUACCAUAAUGGGUUUGUUUUGUAAAGAGAGAAGAAUGAAAGAGGUCAGAGAAUUGUUGGAAAAGAUGUUGAAUGAGCAUGGGUUGAUCCCUGAUCAGGUGACAUACUCCACUUUGAUUCAUGUUUUGUCAAAGCAUGGUCAUGGAGAAGAAGCUCUUGAGUUUCUUCGAGAAUCACAGGAGAGAGGUUUUUGGGUUGACAAAGUUGGGUACAGUGCAGUAGUGCAUGCAUUUUGUAGAGAGGGAAAAAUGGAUGAAGCAAAGGAAAUUGUGAAUGAGAUGUUCUCUAAAGGCUGUAUUCCUGAUGUUGUAACUUACAGUGCAGUUAUUAAUGGUUUUUGUCGAAUAGGGAAGACUGAACAGGCCCAAGCAAUAAUUCAGAAUAUGUAUAAAAAUGGGUGUAAACCAAACACUGUUUCUCACACUGCAUUGUUAAACGGUCUUUGUAAGAUAGGAAAUUCAAUUGAGGCAAGAGAAAUGCUUUGGUCUAGUGAGAGAGAGUGGUGGACACCGAAUGGCAUUACUUACAGUGUUGUCAUGCAUGGGCUCAGGAGAGAGGGUAAAUUGGCAGAGGCCUGUGAAUUGGUAAUGAAUAUGCUCCAAAAAGGGUUUUUCCCAACCCCCACAGAAACAAAUCUACUAAUCCAUGCGAUUUGUAGAGAGGGAAAGUCGGCUGAUGCCAAGAACUUCAUGGAGGGAUGCUUGAGCAAGGGUUGCACAAUAAAUGUAGUGAAUUUUACUACUCUGAUUCAUGGGUUUUGUAAAGAAGGUGAUAUAGAAUCUGCACUCUCAUUACUGGAUGAUAUGUAUCUAAAUAACAAGCAUCCUGAUGUUGUGACCUAUACCACUAUCAUAGAUGCAUUGGGUAAGAAAGGAAGAUUGGAAGAGGCCACUGCGCUUGCUAACAAGAUGCUGAAGAGGGGAAUCAAUCCUACUCCAGUUACAUAUAGAACAGUGAUCCAUAGGUACUGUGAGAAUGGAGAAGUAAAAGAAUUAGUUGGUUUAUUAGAAAAGAUGAUGGCUAGAGAGAGUUUUAAGAAUGCUUAUAAUCUGGUUAUUGAGAAGCUCUGUAAGUUUGGUAAGCUCGAGGAUGCUCAUGCACUCUUGGGUAAGGUGUUAAGAACAGCUUCUAGAGUAGAUGCACAGACAUGCCAUGUUUUAAUGGACAGUUUUUUGCGGAAAGGGCUCCCUUUGCAAUCAUAUAAAAUAGCUUGUAGAAUGUUUAAGAGGAAUCUUAUCCCUGAUAUUGAGUUGUGUGAGAAAGUGAAAGAGAAGUUGAGUUUGCAAGGGCAUUUGAAGGAGGCAGAGCGGCUUAUGAUACAAUUUGUAGAAAGGGGAUGUGUUCGACUAGAAUGCCAGUAAUAUAAACUGUAGUGAAGCAUUGGUGAAAACUAGAAAUGAAAAGAUUCAGUGCAAGGCCUUAGUAUGUGGGCUUAAAUUUUGUACAAUUGGGUUUAUCAAAGAGCCUUGUGGCAUGGGCAUGUUAAAGGUAUAUUCUCACCUUGGAAUAGUGCCCCUGCCUUCAUUAGUGGCACUUCAUAGACACCUCCUACAAAUGCGGCUUUUAUGAUUCACUUUUUGCUUCCAGAUUGUGUACGAGGUAAGUUUCUAGCGGCUUUUAUGAUUCACUUUUUGCUUCCAGAUUGUGUACGAGGAACCAGAGAUUUGGAGAAUUCCAUCGAAGCUCUUCCAUCUAUUGCCUGGCUUAUUGGGUCCACAAAAUUCCUACACUAAAUUUCUGUGGUAAAGAAGUUUCACUUUUUCGUGAGCAUAUCUUUUUGUGGUCAGUUUUCUUCUUCUUUAACUAAAACUGCUUUUUAGCUUUCACUGGUUCAAUGUAGAAUGACUUGACAGGAAGUUACUAUACUUUUGCCUACAAUGAGACGUUUUUCCGUUUCUCUUUUCUUUCUUUCCUUUUCCUGUUAAUGCCUGGAAUGAUGCUGUCAUCGAUACACACAAGAUGGAAUUCGAAGAAUUCUUCACUUUCUUUCCAAUAUAGAAACUUUCAGCUAUUUAUUUUCUUAAACUGGGUUUGCAUAUAAGUCCACCUUGUUUUCUGAGAUGUGUUUAGGUGCUUGCUUCAACCCAUGCACUAUCUUCUUUAAUUUAUAUCCUUGGUCAGAGUUACCCUGGACAUAAAUCCCUUAGGUGGUAGGCAUAUAUGCUUUUUCAUGCAGGUCCCCAUGCAACAAAGCAUUUUCCCAUAGAAGAAAAUAUACUUUAGUCAAAUGGACUGUGGAAAACUGUAAUCCAUGUAGUGGGCUCAUUUUCGUCGAAGGAAACAAAGGAUCAUGAUGGAGAUAGUGCGGGAGCAGCAGGACCUACUGUUUGGGCACGUCCUGUUUUGGUUGGUCUCAAAUUCCAUUUUUCUUUUUGGAGUAAGUGCAUUUUCUACAUCACCAUUCUUGAACGCAGUGGAUGGUGAUCGCUGUAAUGGACUACAGUUUUCCAUAGUCCAUCAGAUUUGUAGCCUAUUUUUGCUAUGCCAUAUUUAUAAUAAAAAAAAUUAAUUGUUCAGUUAUGGUCAAAUUACAAAUGGUGCAAUUGUACUACUGCUGGGAUGGAUAUCUUAUGCUUUUAACAUCCUGUUCCAAUAAGGACAUAAGAUUACCCUGACAUAUACAACUGAGAUAUAUGUGUGUCAUAUCUUAACGAAUUAGGUCAUUUCACUGAGUUGAAAACACAUAAAAAGGAUGUAUAUGGAAAGCAAAUUUUUUCCAUAAAAUUUUUUAUAUUCCAAACCUACAAGCUUCUCAACUUGACAUAAGAAAUUUAAGCUUCUAAUUAUAGCGACCUAUGCGGACCUGAUGGGUCUUCACCUUUAAAAGUCUCUUAGAGCUUGGGCUUGAAGGUAGAUCCUUACAUGAAGUUCUCUUUCCAAAUAGUUCAACUCUUUUCGGUCUACCCAAGGACGAUGGGCUGGUAGGCAAUAUAAAUACUUGGGCUCUUUAGGAGAAUAGAAAUAAAAGAAAAGACGGCACAGGGUAAAUAAUGGAUGGAAGAGAUGAAAGGGGAAUGAAUGCUUUUUCCUUCUUUUUUUUUUCCUUUUUUUAUCGGCGGCUAAAUACAGUACAUAUGCACAGAAUGUGAGGAAAAUUUCAGUUAUUCGGCUUAACUGCUGGUGCUAGAAAGAGUCGCAUUCAGUAUUCGGAUUAUUGACCCUCCAAAAGCUCACACCCGAGUUCUAUGGACCUUAUUGAGUUGUGCUGAGCACUUUUGGAAUUUUUCGAUUUGUCUUCACUUGCCCUUCCAUAAAAGGUUGGGAUUAUGAUAUCGCAGGCUGACCCAACUUUAAGCUAGCAAGCUCAGGGCUAGUUGGAUUGUAGGGCCUGGCAAUAUGCCGGGCCACCUUGGGCCAAGCCCGGCCUCGCCCCUAUGGGGCUGACCUGAGCCUAGACUGAAAAGGUCUUCCCCCUGGCCUGGCCUGGCCUGGGCCUAGAACACCCAAAGGGAAAAUAAGGUUAAAAGGGUUGGGCAGGGGCUUAAGUCCUUGAGCCACAUUUGUGGCGUAUGUCCUAGAUUUUCAAGGCCUGGCAGACCUGGCCGGGUCAGGCUUCCCAUCCCAUUGUCAGUCUUAUUUGGAUGCACUGGUUGUCACUUAUAAUUUACUGUCACAAUAACAUAUUAGCUGUCCUCUAUAAGUUUAUGUAAGAAUGUUCAGCUCUUUUCCAUAUCUAUACAACACCCAGUGUUUAUUCUAUCAUGUAUAACUUUGUGCGAUUUUAUCAAGGCCUUUUGUUUCAAGACCGAAUUUCUCAGCUCAGGCUUUCAAAUCUCCUUCCUUCCCUGAAAACCUCUCCUUCUCACUCUUUAUAUCUGUCUCUAAACCCUAGGAAACACUGAAGCCCUAAUCUCUCUCCUGAACCCUAAACCCUGUGCCCUAUCGUUCUCCAGUAAACUCUUCAGCUUCUCACCAUCAUCUCACUGGUGAUGAAGGCAUGGAAUUAGGAUCCACAAGGAAGCUAGCGCAAUUGGUUGCAAGGUGAGAGCAAAAGAGUGUGAAGGUGAUGAUGUGAAGAGGAGUAAGGGUGAUGAGGUUUGCCACAAAAAUCUUACUGAAGUUCUUGAAAAUUGGAGCUCUGAGAAACCUGACACUAGUAUCGUAGAUGAUAAUUUGGCUGGGAUAUAUGGACUUAGAUACGUAAUUUCGCAUGGACUUAGAACUUUGGGUAAGAUUUUACAAUUGAUAGCCCAAAUGAUGCAUAUUAAUCGUGGGAUUGUAUUUUCAGAUGCUCAAAUUAAAAUACUAUUCUUAUUAAUACUAUUCUUAUUCAGUUGGGUCAAUUGCUAUGUAAUCUGUGAAUGCUGAAAUUUCCAAUUGUUGAUAACAAGCUUCUGACAAUCAUUUUAUUUUCUCUCGAUAUCGAGAGAGACAAUUGCAGUGUCUCUUUGAAGCUGUAAAAGACAAGUGUGGCACAUUUGAUUUAUGUCGUACGAUUGAAUGCUGCUAAUAGUCAACCUCACCAAUCAAAUAUGGAACCUCACUAAUCAAUCAUCGAUCUAUGCACUACAAUUUUCCUUGCUCAUGCUCAAUAAUGAGCCCUAAACUUGGACUCCUAUUCUAUAAAAAGUGGUGGUGUUGAAUCUGGACCCUAACAUAUCGGAAUGAUCCCACAAUUCCCUUCAACAUUAACAUUCAGGGUGCUUGUGGAUUUCUUAAAAGUUAGAACUGACAAAUCUAUUUCCUGAUCCAACUAUUCACCACAGAAGUAGAUUGGUGUUAGCAUUUGUGGAAUGUGCAUGUUUAUGUAUUUGUGUUUUAACUGUAAUUCGGGUUUGUUUUAUUGGAAACUAUUCCCUAAUCCUAUUUUUCAUUUGUGAUAGGUCCUCAUGAGGCCAUCACCAACAUUGAUGAAGAGAGUGGGACUCUCUAGAUGAUCAGAUGAAAUAGUUGAUACUUGAUAGUUCCUGCUCUCUUUACAUCACCAUCCAAACACAUUGAUUGGAUGUGAUGACCCUGACCACAUAUUCAAUGCGGUAGUGAUGAUUGCAAUAUGUAUUUUUUUUUGUGCUCUGUCACAGAAUGUGUAAUUUUCCGCUGAUAUUCUAAAUAAAAGUGAUGAUUACAGUGUGUA